UACUUCUUCUCUCGCUCCCCACUAUGUUGUAAUGGUUUCUUUCUUGCACAGCGACCUCCAUGUCUGUUGCAUUUCAUCACAAGUUACUUCACUCUUCGGCUAUCCAUGAGCGACCUCAUGUCCCCAAGGGCCGCGUCUGUUGCUUGGCUGCCACCACAACCAAGCCCCGCCCUGGCCCGACUGAGCUCGCCAUGGAACCGCGGCCGUUGACGUCCCCGGCUCCGCUGAUAUCGCCGGCCCGCCCGAUGCUCGAUGACCCAUCGUUGAAAUCCACAUGGGGCCACCGCGCGUGGCUUGCCUGCGGGUGCACCACCGUGCUCGUUGCUCUAGCCAAGUCCGUGGUCGCCUCGUGCGAGUCUCACAUGUGGGCCGAGCCCGUCUUGGCUGGAGCGGUCGGGUAUGUCCUGGCGGACCUCGGAUCGGGAGUCUACCACUGGGGCAUCGACAACUAUGGCGACGCGUCGACCCCGGUCUUCGGGGCCCAGAUAGAAGCCUUCCAGGGGCACCACAAGUGGCCCUGGACGAUCACCAGGCGCCAGGCGGCAAACAAUCUCCACGCGCUGGCUCGCGCGGUGGCGUUCGUGGUGGGCCCGAUCGACUUCCUUUGCAGCGACCCGACGAUGCUCGGGUUCGCGGCCGUGUGCUCGGGCUGCAUCAUGUUCAGCCAACAGUUCCACUCGUGGGCUCACAGCACGAAGAGCAAGCUCCCGCCGUCGGUGGUGGCAUUGCAGGAUCUCGGGGUGCUCGUGUCGCGGUCGCAGCACGCGGCCCACCACCGGGCGCCGUACAACAACAACUACUGCAUCGUGAGCGGGGCGUGGAACGAGUUUCUGGACGAUCGGAAGGUGUUUGAGGCGCUGGAGAUGGUGCUGUUCUUCAAGUUUGGGCUGAGGCCGCGGUCCUGGAGCGAGCCGAGUUCCGAGUGGACCGAGGCUGACGAGAAGGACUGGCAUCAAGUUGAAGCUUGACGGGCUGCUUUUCUCACGUUG